AUGCCACGUCUUCGUGAACUUGCAUUAACAUCAUUAUCAUCAAAUGGAUCAAAAACUAAUGUUUUUGAACAGAUUCGUAUUUUGCACUUUGACACGAAUAGUUUCAUAGGAAAGAAGGAUGAAAAACGAUUGUUUCGCAUGUUCACUCGGGUCGAACGUCUCUAUAUACAUGGUGAAAUGCAAUCUCGUCGACAGAUGGCUCGAUUUAUUGAUGGAUUUCAUUUUUUAUCAUAUGGUUCAUUUGAAUUUGAGUGGUUAACAACAGUGCAAGUAGAUGAAACACAACACUGGCUCGUGAAAAAUACACGACGACUAACGCAUGACAAUUUUACCUACAGAAUCGACGGCAGCUGUGUACAUUUGUGGAUUGGUGACAAAGACAAUAAACAAGACGUAAGUUUGAAAAAAAUAGUCAUUGUUGAUAAAAUUAUUUACUGCUUUGGUAAAGCCAAUGAAGAACAUUGA